AUGUACGGUUUCGUGAAUCACGCCUUGGAGCUCCUCGUUUUGAGGAAUUACGGCCCGGAAGUUUGGGAAGACAUCAAACGAGAGGCGCAACUUGAUAUUGAAGGGCAGUUCCUGGUUAGAAUCAUUUAUGAAGAUGCCAAAACCUAUGACCUUGUGGCGGCUGCAAGUAAAGUUUUAAAAAUUGAUGCUGGAGAAAUCUUGCAGCUGUUUGGUAAAAUGUUUUUCGAGUUUUGCCAAGAAUCCGGUUAUGACACUAUCCUGAGAGUGCUGGGUUCCAACGUCCGUGAAUUCCUACAGAACCUGGACGCUCUCCAUGAUCACCUCGGUACCAUUUAUCCAGGAAUGAGGGCUCCUUCGUUCCGUUGCACUGAUGCGGAGAAGGGGAACAACCUCAUUCUUCACUAUUACUCGGAGAGAGAAGGCCUGCAGGACAUAGUCAUCGGCAUCAUCAAAACGGUGGCUCAACAGAUCCACGGCACAGAGAUAGAGAUGAGGAUGAUCCAACCUAAAAGUGAGGAGUGUGACCACAUUAAGUUCCUGAUAGAGGAGAAGGAGUCGGAGGAGGAGGCGUUCUACGAGGACCUGGAUGGUUUUGAGGAGAACGGGACCCAGGAGACUCGCAUCAGCCCGUACACCUUCUGCAAAGCCUUCCCUUUCCACCUCAUGUUCGACAAGGACCUGAUGCUCACACAGUGUGGAAACGCAAUUUACCGCGUUCUUCCUCAGCUUCAACCCGGGAGCUGCAUUCUCCCCUCCGUGUUCUCCCUGGUGCGUCCACACAUCGACUUCAGCUACCAUGGAAUCCUCUCCCACAUCAACACAGUCUUUGUCCUAAGAAGCAAGGAGGGCCUUCUGAACGUGGAGACUGUGGAGAAUGAGGACGAGUUGACGGGUGUGGAGAUCAGCUGUCUGCGAUUAAAGGGUCAAAUGAUUUACUUGCCCGAAGCUGAGAACAUCCUUUUCCUUUGCUCUCCCAGUGUGAUGAACCUGGAUGAUUUGACGCGAAGGGGCCUCUACCUGAGUGACAUCCCGCUGCACGACGCCACUCGAGACCUGGUGCUGCUGGGGGAGCAGUUCCGCGAGGAAUACAAACUGACUCAGGAGCUGGAGAUCCUGACUGACCGACUGCAACACACACUCCGAGCUCUGGAGGACGAGAAGAAGAAGACUGACCGGCUGCUCUACUCCGUGUUGCCACCAUCUGUUGCCAAUGAGUUGCGUCACAAAAGGCCCGUCCCUGCCAAGCGCUACGACAAUCUGACCAUCCUCUUCAGCGGCAUCGUGGGUUUCAACACCUUCUGUAGCAAACACGCCUCUGCCGAAGGAGCCAUCAAGAUCGUCAACCUGCUCAACGAUGUUUACACACGCUUUGACAUCCUGACAGACUCCAGGAAGAACCCCUACGUGUACAAGGUGGAGACAGUGGGUGAUAAAUACAUGACUGUGAGUGGUCUUCCAGAACCCUGCACGCACCACGCCAAGUCCAUCUGCCACCUGGCGCUCGAUAUGAUGGAGAUCGCCGAACAAGUCAAAGUGGACGGAGAACCGGUCCAGAUAACUAUCGGUAUCCACACAGGAGAAGUCGUCACUGGAGUGAUCGGUCAAAGAAUGCCUCGAUAUUGUCUUUUUGGGAACACAGUCAAUCUCACGAGUCGCACAGAAACGACCGGUGAAAAAGGGAAAAUUAACGUUUCCGAAUACACGUACCGGUGUUUGCAGUCUCCGGAAAAUGCCGACCCGCAGUUUGUCCUGGAGUAUCGAGGCCCCGUCUCCAUGAAAGGGAAGACUGAUCCCAUGAAGGUGUGGUUUCUGUCCAGGAAGUCCAGCGAAGCAGAGGCCGGCGCCGUCAAAGCCUGA